AUGCUGGCCUCUACCUUCUCCUACCGCAUGUACAAGACCGCGCUCGUCCUGGCCGCCAUUCUGGGCUCUGGUCAGGCUCAGCAGGUCGGUACUUCCCAGGCGGAAGUGCAUCCCUCCAUGACCUGGCAGAGCUGCACUGCUGGCGGCAGCUGCACCACCAACAACGGCAAGGUGGUCAUCGACGCCAACUGGCGUUGGGUGCACAAAGUCGGCGACUACACCAACUGCUACACCGGCAACACCUGGGACAAGACCAUCUGCCCUGACGAUGCGACGUGUGCAACCAACUGCGCCCUCGAGGGUGCCAACUACCAGUCCACCUAUGGUGUGACUGCCAGUGGCAACUCCCUGCGCCUCAACUUCGUCACCACCAGCCAGCAGAAGAACAUUGGCUCGCGUCUGUACAUGAUGAAGGACGACUCCAGCUACGAGAUGUUUAAGCUGCUGAACCAGGAGUUCACCUUUGAUGUCGAUGUCUCCAACCUCCCCUGCGGCCUCAACGGCGCCCUGUACUUUGUCGCCAUGGACGCCGACGGUGGAAUGUCCAAAUACCCAACCAACAAGGCCGGUGCCAAGUACGGUACUGGUUACUGUGACUCUCAGUGCCCUCGCGACCUCAAGUUCAUCAACGGUCAGGCCAACGUUGAUGGAUGGCAACCGUCCUCCAAUGACGCCAAUGCGGGUACUGGCAACCACGGCUCCUGCUGCGCGGAGAUGGAUAUCUGGGAGGCCAACAGCAUCUCCACGGCCUUCACUCCUCACCCCUGCGACACCCCCGGCCAGGUGAUGUGCACCGGCGACGCCUGCGGUGGCACCUACAGCGCCGACCGCUACGGCGGCACCUGCGACCCGGACGGAUGUGAUUUCAACUCCUUCCGCCAGGGCAACAAGACCUUCUACGGCCCCGGCAUGACCGUCGACACCAAGAGCAAGUUCACCGUCGUCACCCAGUUCAUCACCAACGAUGGCACCGCCAGCGGCACCCUCAAGGAGAUCAAGCGCUUCUACGUGCAGAACGGCAAGGUGAUCCCCAACUCCCAGUCGACCUGGUCCGGCGUCGGCGGCAACUCCAUCACCAACGACUACUGCACCGCCCAGAAGAGCCUGUUCAAGGACACAAACGUCUUCGCCAAGCACGGUGGCCUGGAGGGUAUGGGCGCUGCGCUCGCCCAGGGCAUGGUCCUUGUCAUGUCCCUGUGGGAUGACCACUCGGCCAACAUGCUCUGGCUCGACAGCAACUACCCGACCACUGCCUCCUCCACCACCCCGGCUAACCACCCCGACGCCUCAGUCGUCUACUCCAACAUCAAGGUCGGCCCCAUCGGUUCUACCUUCAACAGCGGCGGCUCGAACCCCGGCGGCGGAACCACCACCACCGCGAAGCCGACUACGACCACUACCACUGCUGGUAGCCCUGGUGGCACCGGCGUCGCUCAGCACUAUGGUCAGUGCGGAGGAAAUGGAUGGCAGGGCCCUACUACCUGCGCCAGCCCUUAUACAUGCCAGAAGGUGAACGACUGGUACUCUCAGUGCCUGUAG